AUGGAGCAGCGUAUUAUCGCUGGCGGGACUGCUGCACAAAGCUCUGCUCUACCUAAUUAUGGACUCUGUUUGGCGAAUCGCCUUCGUGAUGAAACUGACGAUGAAGCUCCUGAGGUUAGCGAGUCAACUUUGGUGGAGCCAAGAUCGACAGGAUGGAUGCAACGGUCAAGUUUGCGAAAGCAUUUUGAAGUCUCUGAAUCUGAUGGUGUGCGGAUCGCUACCUGCAUACACUGUGGAAGGACGUUCAAAGAACGAAAGUCAACGGGUAAUCUUUCCAAACACGUCAAAAACCUACAUCCGCGACAUUGGAAAAGUCGAGAAGUGUCUAAAAAUGAAGCUGGGACGGCAGUGAGUUUAAAUAGUGCGAACACGGAAAUUCAGCCCUUGCAGCUGCCCAAUGUUAUCUCGGAAGGCCGCUUGAUUCCCUUGCCAGGACUCAUUGCGACUGAAUCUGCAGAAAGACCAGUCGAGUUUUUCGAGAUUGCUUUAUUGAUCGAGAAACAAUUGCCGUUCUCGAUUGUCACGACAAAGGCAUGGAAAUGGCUCAGCAAAGCUUGCCCCGGUCUGAAUUCAACUCAACCGUCCACGACUACUACAAAUAAGCUCGCCACAUAUAUAGCAAGUUUUGACGAUACUCUCUUCACUGCAAUGGCGUCCACCGAUACUAUUUCGUUAGUACUCGAUAUCCACUCAAGCAGCGCUCAUGGAAAGACGUAUCUUGCGAUUUGGGCGUCUUUUGUUCCCAACUUGAAUACUGAAGAACUGUUGCCGAAUAACGCAUAUACUCGGUGCUUGUCAAAGAAUAUCCAGGAGCCCUUCAAUACUCAUUUGUUGGACUUGAUAGACGUCGCGAAAUUGCAAGAAAAAGGAGAGGUGGUUCUCAGUAAAGUCCUCGAUGUAUGCCGUCGAUUCAAUAUCUCUCACAAAAUAACCUCCGUCAGAUGUUGCGAGGUCGAGCACAAUCUUUUGAAGAGUUUACAUUCGGCCGCCAACUUUAUUAAAAUACCCGAUUCUGUACAAGCCUCUCAAAUUGACAACGGAAUGGGGAAUUUUCACCUUGUUAAAUGUGUUGAUCACGUCCUGGAGGUUCUUCUUCGUUGCAUAAUCGAUUUUCUCAAAUCUGACGGCUUGUUUGAAACAGCACUGGACAAGAUAGCCAACUUGGCUGAGUUAUUAAAAGAAAGCACAAUUUUAGCUUCGUCGUUAUCAGAAGCUGGUAUAGCAUUGAUUCCUCUCGUUUUUGAAGAUAGCUCCCUGCAUGUGUGGAAGCAGAUUGAUUUUUUUUUGAAACAUCGCGAUCAAUAUAUGAGUUGGGUAAUGUCUUUGAACACAUUUCCGUGUUGUGAGUAUCAAGCUUCUGAACUUGAACCAUAUUUUGAAAUAUCCUCUGAGACACAGAAUCUCCUGCAGUAUUUUGUCGAUUGUUGUUCCAUUUUCAGCUACCUCGGCGACAAACUACAAGUUGCAGAUUUUAAUCAGCUGUCCAAUGCAGCUCCUAUUCAUUUCACAUUGAAGGCAUAUUACGAAUUUUGCCAUUCGGCGGUUUUUGCACAAAUUAUAGCGCCUUGCGACAAUAGCUUUGAUUUUUCAUUCAUAAAUGGUGACAGCAAACUUUCUGUCGAAACUAAAGGUAGAGUAUUGAAAGCCGUCAAUUACAGUCUGGUAGAUUUUUCCAACUCUUUUGGUCUGCUCAAACAAAAUAUCAUAUACUUCGUUGCAACUUUUCUCGACCCAACUUUUGGACCGCACGGCUUUCACGAUUUUAUGACGAAAGAAGACGCAGAUUAUCAUUUGCAAAGUGUCGAAACCUAUGUUAAACGCUACUUGGAGAAUUACCGGCCCGCCGAGAGCAGUAAUGUUGGCCUAAAAUCUCGCGGAUCUCGCGGACAAAAAAGCUCCAAACUUCCAAGGUUGUGUUUGGGAACAGUCACUCAAACAAAUGCGAAAGCCUUUUCGAGAGAAGAACGUUUUGGCGAGUGGGAUAGGUAUGUGGGUGAAAACCAAACUACGCUUGCAAAUGCAGCCGAUGCACUCAGCUGGUGGUGUGCACGGAGGACGGUAUAUUCAAGCUUAUUCCCGCUAGCUGUAUCGCUCUUAGUGACGAAAAUUAGUUGUGUAGGAGUGAAAGACAAGUAUCCCAUUAGUGCUGGAAAAUUGUGUCGAGAAGCCGGAAGAUUUUGCAGCAAAAAUGCAAAGCAAGAGGCCCUCCUCAAAGACCGUUUUUACAAUUUUGGGCUUUGUGAGCCUGAAUUGAACCCCUGCGAUGGCGCGUCUCUUCAAGAGCUCUCUGACGCCAGUGAAGGGGAACUUGAGAAUCUAUCGGACCGCUAA